UGUGACGCAAUGCUUGUUUUUUUAUAUCUACAGUUGUGACGUUAUUCUGUGUUGUUUGACGUGUAACAAUUGACAAGUAUACGCAGUAGCACGCAGUUCUACAAAAUGUCAAUAAAAAUUUCUGACGCAUUAACAGACGAAAUUUAACGAAAUAUUUCUUUGCGCAAUGGAUUUGGCUAAAUCUUUCUUCAACGUUCGUGAUCACGAUGGUUAUGUCGGAAAAGAGGAGCAUAAUAAAAAUUUGGAAACAGCCUUCUCCGAAGAUGAGGUUGAAGUGGAAAUUGGGAGUUUGUGUAAUGAGACUCUGUCACCAGCACCGGGUGGUCCGUUUUCAGCCUUAACUCCAUCCAUGUGGCCACAAGACAUUCUAGCUAAAUUGAAUCAACCCGACGAUCCAAAUUCGCAGCCUGAAUAUAGAUUUGAUGAAUUUGGCUUUCGUGUGGAAGAAGAAGAUGGACCUGAACAGAGUUCAAAAAAAUUAUUGGGAAUACCAUUUGUUGAAGAUCCUCAGCACAGGUUGCAGUGGGUUGCUCUCUUGGAAUUUAGUCACAACAAGGAAGUGGCAGAACUCUCAUGGCAAAAUAUGGAUCAAAGAUUACCUCGUACAGACAAAUUACGUGAAAUGGUUCGACAUGGCAUACCACAUUCAUUGAGACCUCAAAUAUGGAUGCUCAUGUCAGGAGCACUUCAGAAAAAAUGUUCAUCAGAAAUACUGUACAAAGAUAUAGUGAAGGCGUCAAGUAAUGAUGCGUUAAUGACCAAUAAGCAAAUAGAAAAAGAUUUGCUUCGCAUUAUGCCAGCCAAUGCGUGUUUCAGCCAUCUCCAUAGCACGGGCAUACCUCGUUUAAGGCGUGUCAUGCGUGCUCUCGCUUGGUUGUAUCCUGACAUAGGUUAUUGCCAAGGCACUGGUACAAUGGCGGCAUCAUUAUUGUUGCUCCUAGAAGAGGAAGAUGCGUUCUGGAUGAUGGCCACAAUAGUAGAAGACUUGUUACCAGCCUCUUAUUAUUCUUCUACAUUGUUAGGUAUUCAAGCUGAUCAAAGAGUUCUUCGUACAUUAGUAGCUAAUUAUCUCCCGGACAUAGAUCACGUUUUGGUGCAACAUGACAUAGAAUUAAGUCUCAUAUCUCUGCACUGGUUCCUGACAUUAUUCGCGUCGGUUGUGCACAUGAAGAUAUUGCUGCGAAUAUGGGACUUGUUUCUUUUCGACGGAUCUAUUGUUUUAUUUCAAAUAACAUUAGGAAUGUUGAAAAUAAAAGAAGCGGAUUUAAAGCAAUUGGAGAACUCAGCGCAAAUAUUCAAUGCUCUUUCAGAUAUACCAGGAGACAUUGACGAUGUGGACCAAUUAUUCAAUAUAUCUUUAGAAGUUAGUGGAUCGCUGACAGAUGUGUUAGUCGAAACUCAUAGGCGACGUCACUUGGCGUAUUUAAUGGCCGAUCAAGGCGGAUUGGUAGGAAAUCCGGACGCGGUACCAAACUUGCCGAAACAACAUUUAAAUAGACGCCAAAUGAAACGAAGUAAAUCGAUGUUACAAACCAUUUUGUUCGGAAACGAUACCGGUGAAGACGAUGCGAAAUCUAAAAAUAUUCGUCAAACUGAAAUUCUAGUCGACUUGAGAGAAGCUGUUUUGCAAGUUGCGAGACAUUUCAUAAAUGUUGAUCCAAAGUUAAACAACAUUGUUCUCAUAGCUGACUACACAAUGGAAAGUCACUCGAAGGACCAUGACAAUUAUGUUAACGUGUCACGAACGAGAAAGAGAAGGGCCAAAGCUUUAUUAGAUUUUGAGAGACACGAUGAUGAUGAACUCGGUUUUCGAAAGAACGAUAUAAUUACGAUCAUUAGUCAAAAAGACGAACAUUGUUGGGUGGGAGAACUUAAUGGGCUAAGAGGAUGGUUCCCCGCAAAGUUUGUUGAAUUGCUAGACGAGCGAAGCAAACAGUAUACAUGCGCGGGAGACGAUGCGGUUAGCGAAGCCGUCACUGACCUAGUAAGAGGCACAUUAUGCCCCGCUGUAAAAGCGGUGCUGGAACAUGGGAUGAAAAGACCGUCAUUUCUGGGCGGACCGUGUCAUCCGUGGUUAUUUAUAGAAGAAGCUUCCAACAGAGAAGUAGAAAAGGACUUCAAUUCUGUUUACAGUCGAUUGGUCCUGUGCAAAACGUACAGAUUGGACGAGGAUGGCAAAGUCUUAACGCCAGAAGAGUUACUGUAUCGUUGUGUUCAAUCUGUAAAUUUAACUCAUGACAAUGCGCAUGCUCAAAUGGAUGUGAAAUUACGUUCUCUCAUCUGUCUCGGAUUGAACGAGCAAGUACUUCAUUUAUGGUUAGAGGUUUUAUGCUCCUGUGUAGAGGUAGUACAAAAGUGGUAUCAACCGUGGAGUUUCAUAAACAGUCCAGGUUGGGUGCAAAUUAAAUGUGAAUUAAGAAUAUUAAGCCAAUUUGCAUUUAAUUUAAAUCCCGAUUGGGAACUACCGCCUAAAAAGGAACAGUCACAACCACUAAAGGACGGAGUUCGCGACAUGCUAGUCAAACAUCACUUAUUUAGUUGGGAUCUUUAGCAUAUGAAAUUAGUUUAUAAUGUUUUAGUUUAUAAACGGACUACGUUGUUCAAUUUUUAUUCUGAAAUUUUAAUUUUUGUUAUUUUUACAAACACCAGAGAUCUCUGGUUCGUAUAAAAAUUAAUUUAUAUAAGUAAAAUUUAAUCUUAGAAGAAAGAAUUUGUAAAUAGUAAUUGUGUAAUAUUUAUGAUUUACAUCAAUUUUACGUCGGAGAAUAGAAUUAUUAUCUUGAAAAAGAAAACAUUUAUAUAUUUACUUCAUAAUUUUUUAAUUAUAAAAGAAAGUUUAUAUAUAUAUCGGUUUGACUUUCAGUGCACGGUAAUGAUUAUCAAAAAUGUAAUAUAAUAACAUAAUAUAAAUGUACAAAAGAUGAUCUCAUUUUUGUCUUAUGUGUCUUAUAUAAAUUCAAAACAAAUGAAGGAAACAAUAAGGUAUAUACCUACCUACUUUCUUUCUUAAAAAAAAAAAAAACAGUAUUGUUCACCGUGUAACUUAGUUUUUUAUGCACCCUAAUAAAUAAUAUAUAUAAUUAUAUGUAUA